AAAGCUGGUGUCUUCGGAGGAGAAGAAAAGCUUUUGCUUAUUUCCUACUUCUUCUCGAGUUCUUCAAUCGGAUCGGAUUAUCCGAAUCCGAGUAGUAGUAAAAAUGGUUUCGGAUUCGGAGCUGGUGAAUCGGCUCUGGGAUGUGCUCCAGACCUCCGACCUCAACACCACCACCGCCGGCUCCGUCCGGCGCACCCUGGAGUCGGAGUUCGGCGUCGACUUGUCUGACCGCAAAGCCUUCAUCCGAGACCAAAUCGAUUCUUUCCUCGAGACCCGUGUUCAGAGGACCCACAACAACGCUGUCGCUGUGGAAGAAGAAGAAGAAGAAGAAGAAGCGAUUCACGAGGAAGCUUCAGAGACUCUGAAACUUGAAGACAACAAGUCUGAGUCCGAAGAAGAAGUAGAAAGUGAUGGACAGAGAAGCAAGAAACGAAGUAGGUCUGACAAAGUGGAUAAUGUUGUAAAGAAAAGAGGCGGAGGCUUUAACAAACCAUGUGGUCUUUCUCCACAACUUCAAAAACUUGUUGGAGUGCCUGAAUUAGCAAGGCCUGAGGUUGUGAAGAAAAUUUGGGCCCAUAUUCGUGAGAAAGAUUUGCAAGAUCCAAAGAACAGGCGGAAAAUUUUAUGUGAUGAAGCAUUGCGUGCCAUUUUUCGUGUUAAUUCUAUUGAUAUGUUUCAAAUGAAUAAAGUGUUGUCCAAGCACAUAUGGCCGAUAGACGAGGAAGACGUUCCUGUCAAAUCAAGACAAAAGGAAAAGCAGAGCAAACGAGGUAGAGAAGGUCCAAAUGAGCCAGAUCGGAAAGUAAAACAGCAGAAGGGAAAAAAAGGUUCUGGUUUUCUUGCUCCACUCCCACUGUCGGAUGCUCUAGUGAACUUCUUUGGUACAGGUGAAAGUGAAUUAUCCCGGGCCGAUGUUGUGAAGAGAAUGUGGGAGUAUAUAAAGAAAAAUGAUUUGCAGGAUCCAUCUGAUAAGAGGAGAAUUUUAUGUGACGAAAAGCUGAAAGAGCUAUUCGAGGUUGAUUCCUUCCACGGCUUCACAGUUUCAAAGCUUCUGGCCGCUCAUUUCAUCAAGGCCGAACAAUGAAAGUAUUGUAUCUUCAAGGUGAAUGUAGUCAAUACAGUACAAAACAUUUUGUAGUUUGUAUAUUUUGCAGAUUAGUAAAUGGAAAUAGGAUUCGAAAAAAUUAAACCCUAUUGUUUCUCUCAGUAUACCUCGUAACAUUCUUUUGAAUAUACAAACCAGCAUUUCUAAUCAUGUAAAAGAAUGUUAUGAGGUAUACUGAGAGAAACAAUAGGGUUUAGCCAAACUUUAUGUUUGUAUAUUGUUUCUCUCAGUAUAUUAAACAAUAGAAUUUAACUCAUGUUUAAUUUUGGCUACUCAUUACUCAAGCCAAACUUAUGUUGAGUUUACAAACUCAAGACAAUACUGGUUUGAGUAUCCAAAACCGUUUGAAUCAACCAGCAGAGGAAUCUGAAACAAUAGGGUUUAGCCAGAUUAAUUUGUAUUGUCUUGAGUUUGUAUAUUCAAAACUGUAGUUAAAACAAGAUUUGCAUAAAAUCUGGAACUGUCUUAAGCUAUAGCCAAACUUACAAAAAAAAAAAAA